AUGUCACUUGAUGUGUCCACCGGGUCACUGAACUUGGCCUUGGAUGGCGCAGUAAUUGCUGACAGGAGAGAUGGCGCAGUUACUGCUGACAGGAGAGAUGGCGAAGUUAUUGCUGACAGGAAAGAUGGUCACUUUCCCACAGCUACCAGUGUCGCGAGUGGGCGGCACAGCUAUGCGAAUCAGCGCUGUUGUUUCGGGAUACGGUUUGGAUUAUUGGCAGGUGAGCCGAUGAGAGCAUUCUCAUUCGUCGAUCAGAGAUGCAACUGCGAAAAAAGCUUCUCUAUCUACCGUAGUACUGUGGGGAAUGUAUGUGUUGAUUUGGGUUGA